AUGCGCCACCUCGUCAAAAAAGCCUGUGAUGAAUGCAUCGCCCGGAAAGUCAAAUGCAGCGGCGCCCGCCCCUGCGAUGCCUGUCGCCAGAAUCCCAACCAGGUCAAUUGCACCUACCUCAAACCCGUCCGGCGCAGAGGUCCCAAGGUGCGACGAUGGUCUGAUCCCAAAACACAUGCACCCAUUACAGCUCCCGACGAUUUCUUUCCAACGCACCGCACUACAGUCCCCCUGGCAGCGUUGGCAUAUGUCGUUCAGCUCUACCGGCAAUCCUCGUACAGCGUCUGGCCGGUCAUCGAUGCCGCCGCUCUCCUCGAGAAGCUCGAGUCGACGCCGCCAGUCGACACCCUCUGCUUAGCUCUGGCCCUCUCUGCCGCAACCAUGGCGCAGUUGCAACUGUCACCACUGCGCAUGAGACACAUCACCGUCGACCGCACGAUCUUGGCGGCCGAGUGCAUGAGGCUGCGGGACGCGAGCUCCUGUCGCGAGCGCCCCGACGUGCGAGGUAUCCUCGUUUCGUUCUUCCUGCAUGUGUACCACGCCAAGAUCAACCGACGCCACACGGCGAUGACCUUCAUACAGGAGGCCAUCGCGGGGGCUAGGCUUUUGGGGCUGGAUGCGGGAUGCAUGGCACGCGAUGCUGACGUGGUUGCCAACAAGGAGGCGGUGUUUCUCCUUCUCUGGAUCUCGGAGAGGGGCUAUGCUAUGCAUCUAGGGCUACAACCGUCCUAUACACGUCCCGUCGUGAUACUUCAUCUCGAUUCCGAGGGUAACGCAGAAGUGAAGGGCUUACUGGAGCUGGGUCGGCUGUUUGCAACCUUCGAUGUGACCUGCAGCGGGCGUGGAAGCGCAAGCACUUUGGGGAGUGCAGAAUGUCUUGCAGAGGCCGAGGCCGCAUUGGCAGUACUGUCUCCAGGGCAAGAGGGCGGGCCGUCAACGCGUCUGGCGGACUACUGCAUCACAAAAGAAUGGAUGCGCACGAUGAUCUGGCAAAAAGCACUGGCGCAGCGGCUGCUCUCGUCGACUUCCUGCAUCGAGCUCAUGACCUUCCGCUUUCCUGCCGUUGUGGGCCGUUCUCUCCUAUGCUCUCUGCAGGGGUUUGCCGAGUCGGACCUGCUCCCAUUGGGUCGUGAUCAGUUGUUGAAAUGCUUCGAGGUGACCAACUCACUAGCAGAUAUUAUCCUGCUGACUGGGUCGAGCGCCGUGCAUCCGACCUUGCAAUGGAGGCCGCAGGACUUUCUCCAUGCUCUGUACCAGAAAUUGCUGCCGUUUUUGGAGCAAGACCCCAUGCUGGAGGCGUUGCUCCGGGCUAAGACUGCCGAAGCUUUGAUCAAGGCUCCUGCGCGUUUGCUCGGCCUUGACUAUGUUAAUAACAGGCUUACAGGGCAGAUUUUGAGGUGUCAGACGGAAGAGUCCGAGGAAGCUAAUGUGGAAGAUCCCUUAACCACUCCACGACGCAUUGAAUCGGCCAUCUGA